UUGAAAAAUUUAUUUCAGAAAAAUGGGUGAUAAACCUGAAAUAGAAGAGGUUCCAAUUGACGAUGGGAAAAAUAAGAAAGAUUCUCCCUCAAAACAUGGGAUAAUGGAGGGUGGAUCUAAGCGUGGAGCUGCGGAUGGAGAUGUAUCGGGGGAGGGAAGGGAGACCAGAAAGAAGGCCAAGGUCGACUACAACGAGGAGAAGAUAAUCUCAGCCAAGAAAGAGGACAGCGAGGAUGAGGUGAAGGAAGUGACAAAGGACAGCGUAAAGGAUGAUCUGAUGGGACUCCCUGUUGAACCAACAGGUUUGGAGGGAGCUGCUUUCCAGUCCCGUGUACCCUUUGAUAAGAUGACCCAGAUAGAAGCAGCCUGCUUCCCCGACUUAGUUACUCCUGUUCAAUCUCAGAAACUGUUUAUCAACAUUAGAAACAGGAUUCUGCAGAUGUGGUUGGAAAACCCAAAGCUCCAGUUGUGUUCGGAGACCACCUUGUCCAGGCUGGAACCCCCCUGGGACUCUGACAAGCAGAUGGUGAUUAGGAUUCAUGCAUUCUUAGAGAGACAUGGAUACAUUAACUUUGGGAUAUAUAAGAGAACUAAACCAUUACCACAGAAGUCCGGGAAGGUCGUCAUUAUAGGAGCUGGUAUAGCUGGACUAACUGCUGCUCAGCAGCUAAAAUCCUUUGGAAUGGAUGUUGUUGUGCUGGAAGCCCGGGAUAGGGUCGGAGGGAGGAUUGCAACAUUUAGGAAGGGUUCUUAUAUCGCAGAUCUAGGAGCUAUGGUGGUUACAGGACUAGGUGGGAACCCUAUCACAGUUCUGUCGAAGCAGGUGAAUAUGGAGCUCUCCAAGAUCAGCCAGAAGUGUCCUCUCUACGAGAGCAACGGAACUACGGUUCCCAAGGAUAAGGACGAGAUGGUUGAGAGAGAGUUCAAUCGUCUGCUUGAAGCGACGAGCUACCUGAGCCACCAGCUGGACUUCAACUACUGCAACGACCUCCCCGUCUCCCUUGGGGAGUCCAUGGAGUGGGUCAUAAAGCUCCAGGAGAAGAAUGUCAAGGAGAAACAAUUGAAAUAUUGGAAGGAGAUCAUCGGAGUUCAAGAGCAGUUAAAGGUAAACCAGACGAAGUUGUCGACCAUGAAGGAGAAGCUGGCUGAGGCGAACAAGCACUAUAAGGAACUUGAGGCGCUCACCAACAAAGACACCAUUCAGGAAUUCGCGUUCAGGACGAAGACCCGUGAUCUGCAGAACUGUAUUGAGGAGUUCGACAGGCUCAUACAGGAGGAGAAGGAACUAGACGAGAAACUACAGGAGCUAGAAGUUUUGCCAACAAUAAUAUUUUCAGGAUCUCAUUUAACAGUGCGGAAUGGGUACAGCUGUGUUCCUGUUUCUCUCAGUGAAGGUUUGGAUAUAAAGUUGAAUACUGCAGUACGGCAGGUCCGGUACACAGGAACCGGUUGUGAGGUGACCACCAGCAAUGCCAGGAACAACACAAACCCCGUCUCAUACAAGGCAGACGCAGUACUCUGCACUCUACCCCUCGGGGUUCUCAAGCAGGCUAUUGCUCCAAACCAAACAGGAGCCCCGAAUAUGGUUUCAUUCAAUCCUCCGCUUCCGGAGUGGAAAACGGAAGCGAUCCAGAGACUGGGAUAUGGGAACCUGAACAAGGUUGUUCUGUGUUUUGAUCGUAUAUUCUGGGAUAACAGUUCAAAUCUAUUCGGACAUGUAGGAUCCACAACUGCUAGCAGAGGAGAGCUUUUCCUUUUCUGGAACCUGUAUAAGGCUCCGGUUCUGUUGGCUCUGGUAGCAGGAGAGGCUGCUGCAAUUAUGGAAAAUGUUUCCGAUGACGUCAUUGUAGGGAGAUGUAUUGCAGUACUAAAAGGAAUAUUUGGAACUACCAAUGUUCCAACCCCAAAGGAGACUGUUGUAACGAGGUGGCGAGCUGACCCUUGGUCUAGAGGAAGCUACAGCUACGUGUCAACAGGUUCCUCUGGGAACGAUUACGAUAUCCUGGCAACCCCCAUCAUCCCUGGCAACCCCGGCAAGGGGAACGAUAUGAUCAAAAACCCGCCAAGAAUUUUUUUCGGCGGUGAACACACUAUCCGUAACUACCCUGCUACAGUUCAUGGCGCCUUGUUAUCUGGGCUACGUGAGGCGGGAAGAAUCGCCGAUCAGUUCCUGGGAUGUCCCUACGCACCGCCAACCGGCUCCCUCCCAACAGACACGGACGUUUAUAGCAAAUCUGACGCGGCAUUGAAACAGUGAAAAUCCGAUUUCAGAGCUGACUGUUCACUUGUUUAUCUUUGACUAUGCAAUAAAUUUGUUUGUACAUCAUGGUGAAAUAUUAAGAUUAAGAAUGCAUGAAAUGGAGCAAAUCAUAAUUUCUCUUUCUAUAAUCAAUGUAGUAGAAUUUUGCACCUGUGCGUUCUACUUUAAUAUAUUUGAGUGUCAUAGAUGAUGAUAGAACACAUGUUUUCAGGCAAACCCUUCUGCGUCAAUGAUUGUAAAACAUGGAAAAAUUCGGUUAAAAAAUACAAGCUUUCUUUAUAAGUUUAUAAUGCUCAGAUUUUUGUAAGUUUUGAACUGUUUUUUCAAAUUGGAUAUAUUAACUUGGAGCAAUAUUAAAAUUUAUAUUAGGUUUGCUAGUUAGGUGCUCUUUUAAAACCGUAUUUAUUUUUUGUGUGCUAUGCUACCUAUCAAAUAUCAAGUUACUCCCUGUACUUAGGAGUUUAAGUACAUUAUGUCUGAAAGCUGCAGUACCUUGUACUCUGUAAAACUUUGUAAUCUCUGAAAAGAAUAAAAUGUGUAAACUCUG